UUGAACAAAUUGGCUCUUGCACUGCCGAACUUGCCGCGGUUUUAACUUGUUGGUCUAAUAGCUCAGUGGAUUCUCCUGCUUGCAAAAAAUCAGUGGAAGCUCUUACUGAAUGUAUGCGUAAUUCUGUAA